CAAUAAAACGGCCGCAAAAGCACGCGCGUGAGUGAGGCACUCUGCUCGCCAGAAUAAAGCAGAGGCAUCGCCACUUCUUCUUCUUCGUCGUUGUCGCCGUCGCCGUCGCGUUGUUUUCUGAGGAAAACAAUUGAUUUUGAUCGAGUAUAAAACAGUUUUGUUUCAAAUUGUAGUGUUGUUGAAGUGAUGGAGAGAUUGGAGAAGGAGCGGGCGAGGCGCCGCCAUGAGUGCCCAUCCUUCUCCUCCACUUUGCUCGACGUCAUAUACCGCUCCAUCGACGACUCCGACAAAGGAGGAGUAGUUCCGGCGGCGGCGGCGAGGGAAACGGUGUUCGUCUCGCCCCGCAGCCUGCCGCCCAUCUCAUUCUCCAGCUCCUCUGAUAACUCCAGCUGCAGCGGUUUCUCCUCCUCCUCCGAGCCCGACUCGGCGGCGAGUCGUAGACCCCAGAUCCGACCGAUCCGCACUGCCCCACCACCGUGUCGCUCGUCGUCCGCUCAUCCAUCUACUCUCCAGACGACGAAGCAAGCCGCUUCGUUGCCGGCGAAUAACCACCAUGAGAGGACCGAAUCGACCUCGAUCCGGAGUAGACUCCGCGAUCUGGGACGAAGGUCCAAGGCCCCGGAGUCUCCGGGAUCCCGCCUCGCCGUCCUCCUUAACUCCCUCUUCGCCAACGCCGCCGGGAGACGGAGGAAAUCGAAGCCCCCGCCUACCGCCGCCGAUGGCUUUCCCUGGUCCGCGCCUGCGGCGCACUCCCGGCCGUGCCUCGUGAAGACGCCGUCCUCGCGGCGUGCGGCGGCGUCGGAAGAAGAGGGCGCGAAGAGAUCGGUGAGGUUCCACCCGGCGAGCGUGGUGAUGGAGGUGGACCGCCUGCCGCAGGGCCAGAAGACGAUGUGCCACGGAAAUCCGUCCGAGGCGGCGGCGGACGAGGGAAAGGGGAGGAAGGAGGCGAGGCAGAAGCUGGAGGACAUACUGAGAAGGUUCGAGGCGGAGGAAGAAGCCGAGGAGGAAGACGAGAUGAGCGACUCGAGCUCCGAUCUGUUCGAACUGGACAAUCUGGCGUUUAAAGCCGGCGGAGGAGGCGGUUACAGAGACGAGCUGCCGGUGUACGAGACGACGCAUCGCGGUACAAACUGCGCCAUUUCUCGUACCCUGGCCCACCAACAUCUUUCAAAAUGAAAGAAAAAAAAAAUGGGGGGAAAAAUUCACUGAAAAUUUACUAGUUUCAGUGUGCCUCUCCUCCCUGUCUAAAUUUUAGUUAUGUCGGGGUGCUAAAUGUAAAAUAUACAAUCAAGCUAAGGUCCGUGCAGUCGGCUAGCAAGUCGACUUAGCCCGUGCCACCGGUCUAUCGUAUGUUUAAUGGUAAGCGAGUUAGAUCUAAAUAAUUUUUAUAAAUAUAUAGGAAUUUAAAUCUCUCUGUCUUUGGAUUGACAUUGUAGAGUGAUUUGUGUAAGUUAUAGAAUAUCGUUUGUGGUUUUAAA